UAUUGAUGACCUUUCUUCGACUUUUGUUUCACUUCCCUCUUUACCUUUUAUACUAAGUAAUGGCUACUUCAAUUAUGAAAGGUCUAAUUAUCAUACUCCUUUCUCUGUGUUUCGCACAGGCCAAGAAAAUCAAAUACAGCGUAAUUGCAGAAGUACCUGAAGAUAACUCUCUAUUUAUGGCUGUUAUUGUAGACAAUGACAAAGUAUUCCCUUUGACCCACAAUAAAUAUGGCAUUCUUCACUUUGGCAAGGCUGCUGCUGCCAUUGAAAACUAUCAUUACGCUAUUAUCAAUAAUACCGGUAACAUCAUAAUAUCUGAACCUUUUCGAAGACAGCCAUAUGUCACCAGUAAAAGCACUGACGACUCAACGUUUUACGAGUUCUUCAACCGCUCUACUAAUAAAUACUCUGCAAAAAAACUACCCAAGCUAUUUGAUUAUCCGUCAAACGUUCAUAAAAUGACUUCAAAUCUACAUAGGUUAGACGAAAUACCUACCAUUCAUUUGUACGGAAAUCGAGAAGCGACUAGAAUAUUGCAUGCCAAAGAAAAUCAAUUGAAGAAUAUCGAAGUAAAGCUAAGCAUGACAUAUAUUAGCAUGAAAGAGGCAUACACCUUUCACAAUGUGAAGGUUUCAUUAGCUGGCUCCAGUUCACGAUUUGUACCCAAACUUUCUUACAAGCUUAAGCUUAUUGGAAAACGUGGAGACAAUUUGUUUGGUCACAGUCGACUCAAGUUACGUGCUUCUGGCUAUGAUCCUUCCUACUUGCGCGAAAAAAUAAGCCUUGAUUGUAUGGAAUCAGCAGGAGUGGCUGCUAGUGGUUAUUCAUUUGUUCGGUUGUUCAUAGAUAAUAAAGCCGUGGGACUAUUUGGCCUUAUUGAGUCUUAUCAAAAGCCUUGGGUUGCAAAUACAUUUGCUGGGGGAGACCCGAAAUAUGAGCCAGCAUACUUAUACCAAGCGAAAGGUUUUAUUCAAGAGACAGCUAACUCCUUUCUCACAAGUGAUCUGGUUUAUUUGAACAACCUUACAAAAUAUAGUCAAGGGCAAUACGAUAUUGAUGAUGGCCCAAUCAAUAAUAAGGUCGAAGACUAUAAAAAUUUGCAAGUAUUCACAAAGUUCAUUGAUAAAGCAAUUGAUGGACAAACGACGAUAGAAGAAUGGGAACAAAUCCUUGAUGUUGAUGGAUUUCUUCGUGCUAUGGCAUUAGAAAACCUUCUGGGGCUUUCUGAUUCUUAUAUGACAGUGGGCCAUAAUUUUUAUUUAUACCAGGAUCCAAGAGAGGGUGGUCGCUUCACUUAUAUUCCCAAUGAUCUGGACACUGCCGUAGGACUCACUGGUUAUUCUAUCGAAACAAUAACUAAUGGCAACUAUACCGAAUACCCCGGCAUUUCCUUACGUCCACUUACUAAAGCACUACUAACGUAUCCUCAAUACCGACGCCGGUACGAAGAUUUGCUUCUUACUUUGGCUGAUGGCCUAAUCAAUCCUACUGUAAUAUUCCCAUAUAUUGACAAUACGAGUGACAUGAUCCGAUCAGACGUAGAAUGGGAUCAAAAUUUGGAAAGAAAAGGACAACUGUUAAGAGUGAAUUUGCUACAGAAUGUAUUAAAUUUAACAGCAUUUAUUGAAUUCUUCCAUCGAAACCAGCCAGGUGCAGCGAUAAUUCUCGAUAAUUUGACUGAUUUGAUACCGAAUGCCACAUUCGACCAAGCUAUCAAUGGUCCAACACCACAUACAAGAAGUGAAAGCGUGAAGCCUUUUUUAAGUAAGAAAUACGAAGCUAUUAAGAAUUAUUUUAGCAAGAAGGAACAGUUACAACACUUCAUUUCGCAACCGAUAAACAGUCAUUACAAAUACUUCGAAGCUGUCGUUAGCAAUGGCCGUACAGCUGUUGAGAAAGUAUGAUUCUAUAUUUCUAUGCUAAUCCAAUUUAUAACUGAUACGGGAAGCAUAAUUAUAAAAAUUGAAUGGAAGAACAUUUUAUUCGAAUAUUAUGUAUAUGU